UCUCGGCGUUGGCGAAGUUCGAGUUGGUUUCGUACAUUUCUAUGACCUUUCUUCUGUUUUUUUUUUUUUUUUUGGCUUCUUUAUCAUCAUCUCUCGUCUGGUUUUUACAAUUUAUUUUUUGUCUUUGUGAAAAAACUACUACCAAUUAACCCCUUUUUGGAUUUCAAUUUUUAUUGGGGGAUUGGAUUCGCCUAUCCCAAUCGUGUUGCCUCCUUUUUCAGGCCAAUAUUUUGAGAAAGAAAACAAACCCCAGAAACGAAGUUUUAAUUUUUAGGGUUUUGGUCUUGUUGCCACCUUUUUCAGGCCAAUAUUUUGAGUAAGAAACAAACCCCAGAAAGAAAAUUUGAAUUUUUAGGGGUUUUUUUAUUGUGUGAGGCAAAUUUAGGAUCGUUAUUCAGUGAAUGGGUGGAUUUGAACAAGCUGCAGCUGAUACUGGGUGACUGUUGUGUGCUUUGGAGUUAACAAGUCAAGUUCUAUUAGAGUGUUAUCGUGAAUUGGAAUAGAGACUUCCAAUGGCUUAUGAGGGUGACAGUUCGGACAUAGAAGUUGAAGACUUAAGGUGUGAUGAUCUAGCAGACAAGGAUGUCAGUGAUGAAGAGAUUGAACCGGAAGAAUUGGAAAGACGAAUGUGGAAGGAUCGUAUCAAGCUUAAAAGGCUCAAGGAAAGACAGAAGCUUGCAGCCCAGCAAGCUGCAGAGAAGCAAAAGCCCAAGCAGACCUCUGAUCAGGCGCGGAGAAAGAAAAUGUCCAGAGCACAGGAUGGAAUUCUCAAGUAUAUGUUGAAGCUGAUGGAAGUGUGCAAAGCUCGUGGUUUUGUUUAUGGCAUCAUUCCGGAGAAGGGAAAGCCAGUUAGUGGUGCUUCGGAUAACAUUAGAGCUUGGUGGAAAGAAAAAGUGAAGUUUGAUAAAAAUGGGCCGGCAGCCAUAGCCAAGUAUGAAGCUGAGUGUCUUGCCUUGUGUGAGGCAGACAAUAAUCGGAAUGGAAAUUCCCAGAGCAUUCUCCAGGACCUGCAAGAUGCAACUCUUGGAUCUCUUCUGUCUUCGUUGAUGCAACACUGUGAGCCUCCUCAAAGGAAGUUUCCAUUAGAAAAGAAAGUCCCUCCUCCUUGGUGGCCAACUGGGAAUGAAGAUUGGUGGGUAAAGUUGGGGCUACCCCAUGGUCAGACCCCGCCAUAUAAGAAGCCACACGACUUGAAGAAAAUGUGGAAAGUUGGAGUUUUAACGGCUGUGAUAAAGCACAUGUCUCCAGACAUUGCAAAGAUAAGGAGACAUGUUCGCCAGUCAAAGUGCUUACAGGAUAAGAUGACAGCGAAGGAGAGUGCAAUCUGGUUAGGAGUUUUGAGCAGAGAGGAAGCCCUUGUUCGGCAGCCUAGUAGCGAUAAUGGGACAUCUGGAGUAACAGAGAUUCCACCAGGGCGUGGUGAAAAGCAAGCUGCUGCUAAUAGUGACAGCAAUUAUGACGUUGACGGGGCUGAUGAUGGCUCAGGUUCUGUUUCAUCUAGAGAUGUGAGGAGAAGUCAAUCUAUGGGUGUAGAACGUUCAGGCAACCUGCAGAAUAAUACUUCUCAACCUGGCCAAGACAAAGAGCAAUUGGAUAAGCCACCCAAGAGACCCCGUUUAAAUUCAAAACCUACUGAUCAAUUGCCUCGGCCAUCUCAAAAUGAGCUUCUACAUAUUGAACCAAGAAACAGUUUACCUGAUAUAAACCACACUGAAGAGGUACACUUAAUUGGAUACCAUUCUGAACAAAAUCAACAGGAAGAUGAGACAGUAACAGGUUUACGGCCACCAGAUAAGGAUAUCGAUGUCGAAUCUCAAUUACCAGUUUCGGAUUUCAACAGCUUAUUUGCAUUACCAUCUGAUAAUGAAGUUUCCACUCACAGUAGGCAUGAAGGUGGUGCAGCAAUGAAUUUCCAUGAAAUUCCAAACACUGGCAUUCAUCAUGGAGAUACAUAUAAUUUCUAUAAUCCAUCAGCUAAUUAUGGUCCUUCACAUGACCGGCAUCAUUCGCCAGUUGCAAUUAAUGAAAUUCAUGUUAGGCCAGCAGAUGGAGUUCAUUUACCAACAGUACAUAGAAACGGUAGCGAGAUUAGUGGAGGAGACUUGCCAUACUAUGUAAAUAAUGAACAAGACAGACCUGUCGAUAGUCACUUCGGUUCUCCACUUAAUAGUUUGUCACUUGAUUUUGGAGGAUUCAACAGCCCCCUCAAUUUUGGAAUCAAUGGCACAAGUGUGCUCGACGACCUUUUGCUCGACGAUGAUUUGAUACAGUACUUUGGGGCAUAACUUGUUCGAAUAUUGCGUAGAAUCGGUUGUUAGAUACAGAUUAAUUGUUGACUGGGGUAGUCUUCACCAAUCUAUUAUUGAGCUAAUUAGCAGCCCAAGUAUCUGUGAUUACGGGAGUAUCAGGUCUGUAAGGCACAAGGUCAAUUUCUCAGAACUCAUGAUUUUGUAAACAAUUGAUCAUAGUCAGAGUUUUUGGGGUUUAAUAGUUUGUCCCCACACUUAAUCUUUUCUAGGAAAACCAAUUCCAUUGUGGGGAUCAUGUAAAUAACUCAAAUUCUUAAGUUGGGUUGAUGGUAAAAGUCUUGAUAAUUGGACAGAAUGGUUUCUAAUAAAAAUGUUCAUUGCAGUUCUCUCUUUCCA